AUGGCCUGCUGCUCCACUAGCUUCUGUGGAUUUCCCACCUGCUCCACCAGUGGGAACUGUGGCUCCAGCUGCUGCCAGCCCAGCUGUUACGAGCCCAGCUGUGGUGGGACCAGCUGCGGCACUGGUGGUGGCCAGGAGGGUGGCUACGGAGCUGUGAGCUGCCGAGUCAGGUGGUGCCGCCCUGACUGCCGCGUGGAGGACACCUGCCUGCCCCCCUGCUGUGUGGUGAGCUGCACGCCCCCAACCUGCUGCCAGCUGCACCACGCCCAGGCCUCCUGCUGCCGCCCAUCCUACUGCGGACAGUCCUGCUGCCGCCCAGCCUGCUGCUGCUACUGCUGCCAGCCCAGCUGUUGUGAGCCCAUCUGCUGA